AGUGACAAGCUGAGCUUGAAGCAACUGGACUCUUCCAUUCAUGCAAGAGCACAAAAGCAUUUCCAUAAAUAGGAUGCUGCGAGCAAAGGCUACGUGGAUUCCCUGCUGUGGCCAAACACCUGUGUGGUCAGGGAGAGCAUGGUAGCUCUACCUGGUAUAGGAUUCCAACAAUCCCGGCGUCACCACACCAUUGGCCACCUCCUCCUUCACCGUCCUCACAGACCACCCUCUGUCAAGAAUCGAAGCUCUCGCUUCGUGCAGCCUGAUGAUGGCUGCACGAACGAUGGGGACCGCCCUGGCGAUGGCAAGUAUGGUGGUGGUGCUGAUGGCGCUAGCUUUCUCCCAGGUUGCGGCGCAGGGCAACGGCUGCUCGAGCGUGAUGAUGACCCUCUCCCCAUGCAUGGACUUCAUCUCGAGCAAGGCCCCGGAACCGGGGAUCUCCUGCUGCUCCAUGCUCGCUGGAGUCGUCCAGACCGAUCCCCGGUGCCUCUGCAUGGUCCUGGAUGGCACUGCGGCGUCCUUUGGCAUCUCCAUCAACCAGACGAGGGCGCUGGACCUCCCGGGAGUCUGCAAGGUCCAAGCACCACCGAUCAGCCAGUGCACAGGCAUCCCAACAGCACCGGCACCGGCACCUUCCAACUCAGAAGCAACAGAGGAGGAAGAGGCUGAGGCAGCUGCGGAUGCACCUUCAGGAAAUGGAACCUCAAGCUCCACGAACUCAAAGAAUGCAGCAAGUUUAGUGGCAACAAUGCUUAUUCCUGUUUGUGCAUUGCUCUAUGUCUUCUAAGUGUUGCUAUUAUAAAUUCUAUGUCAUCAUGCAGGAAUUAGAUCUGUACUUAAUCAUGAUUCUUUAUUGCCGUUAUAUGCCUUUCUGAUAUAUCGCAUCAAACAUGCUUUUUUCAUCCA